AUGGGAAAAAACCUGCUCAAUACGAUAUCAGUAGCAGCUAGAUUUGCCUUUCAAAAGGCUGAAAACCACUCAGCUGAGCGUGAUGUUGCAGUAAACAAAGGUCAAGAUCUGGCUCGACAGACCAAAAUUUGUAAUAUGCUACGGAGAUUACCAACAAGUAUUACGCUUACUCAGGCUGAUAUCACCGAGUUGGAUCAGUUACGUGAGAAGCAAGCUAAUGAGAAAGGAUCUUGCCAGAGUGAGCGUAAUCAAGAUAAAAGCGCACCCAGUGUACUAGAUCGAACUGUGGCAUUGAAUUCAGCCAACGCUGAGAAGCAGCACAAGACCCGCGAUCGAAUUGGACUUGUCCAUCCUUGA